CCAGCCUUCGGAAAAGGAUGGCUGGCUCAGCCGGGAUGGCCGCUCUGGCUCAGGACGUCCGGGGGGCGCUCUCGAGCCAAAAGCUGGACCACGUGUGGAUGGACACGCACUACGUGGGGCUGCAGUUUCCGGACCCGGCUCAUCCCAAUACCCUGCACUGGGUCGGUGAGGCUGGGAAGCUCGGGGAGCCCCUGCCGCUGGAGGACCACGACGUCUACUGUCCCUACAGUGCCACGGGCAAUGCCACGGGAGAGCUGGUGUACGCCCACUACGGGCGGCCGGAGGACCUGCAGGACCUGCGGGCCCGGGGCGUGGAGCCGGCGGGGCGCCUCCUGCUGGUGCGCUUGGGGGAGAUCAGCUUCGCCCAAAAGGUGGCCAGUGCCCAGGACUUUGGGGCCCGAGGAGUGCUCAUAUACCCUGAUCCAGCAGACUUCUCCCAGGAUCCACACAAGCCCGGCCUGUCCAGCCACAGAGCUGUGUAUGGACAUGUGCACCUGGGAACUGGGGACCCCUACACGCCUGGCUUCCCUUCCUUUAAUCAAACCCAGUUCCCUCCAGUCCAGUCCUCCGGCCUCCCUAACAUCCCCGCCCAGCCCAUCAGUGCGGACAUUGCCUCCCUCCUGCUGAGGAAGCUCCAAGGCCCUGUGGCUCCCCAGGAAUGGCAGGGGCGCCUCCCAGGCUCCCCUUAUCGCCUGGGCCCUGGGCCAGGCUUGCACCUCGGGGUCAACAACCACAGGGUCUCCACCCCCAUCAGCAACAUCUUUGGCUGCAUCGAGGGCCGCUCAGAGCCAGAUCACUAUGUUGUCAUCGGGGCCCAGAGGGAUGCGUGGGGCCCAGGAGCGGCCAAGUCCGCUGUGGGGACGGCCAUACUGCUGGAGCUGGCGCGGACCUUUUCCUCCAUGGUGAGCAAUGGCUUCCAGCCCCGAAGGAGUCUUCUCUUCAUCAGCUGGGACGGAGGUGACUUUGGGAGUGUGGGCUCCACAGAGUGGCUGGAGGGUUACCUCAGCGUGCUGCACCUCAAAGCCGUGGUCUACGUGAGCCUGGACAAUGCAGUGCUGGGAGACGACAAGUUCCAUGCCAAGACCAGCCCCCUUCUGAUCAGCCUCAUAGAGAACAUCCUGAAGCAGGUGGACUCUCCUAACCGCAGUGGGCAGACCCUCUAUGAGCAGGUGGUGUUCAACAAUCACAGCUGGGAUGCUGAAGUGAUCCGGCCACUGCCCAUGGACAGCAGUGCCUACUCCUUCACGGCCUUUGCGGGGGUCCCUGCCGUUGAGUUCUCCUUCUUGGAGGAUGGCCAGGCGUACCCGUUCCUGCACACGAAGGACGACACAUACGAGAACCUACACAGGGUGCUGCGGGGCCGCCUGCCCGCCGUGGCCCAGGCUGUGGCCCAGCUCGCUGGGCAGCUCCUCAUCCGGCUCAGCCACGAUCACCUGCUGCCUCUGGACUUCGGCCGCUAUGGGGACGUGGUCCUCAGGCACAUCGGCAGCCUCAACGAGUUCUCUGGGGACCUGAAGGCCCGCGGGCUGACCCUCCAGUGGGUGUACUCGGCGCGGGGGGACUAUAUCCGGGCGGCGGAGAAGCUGCGAAAGGAGAUCUACAGCUCGGAGGAGAGCGAUGAGAGGCUGAUGCGCAUGUACAACGUGCGCAUCAUGCGGGUGGAGUUCUACUUCCUGUCCCAGUACGUGUCGCCGGCCGACUCCCCGUUCCGCCACAUUUUCCUGGGCCGCGGAGACCACACGCUGGGCGCGCUGCUCGACCACGUGCGGCUGCUGCGCUCGGGCGGCUCCCGAGACCCAGGGGCCGCCUCCUCCGGGGUGGCUCCGGGCCUGGGCUUCCAGGAGAGCCGCUUCCGACGCCAGCUGGCCCUUCUCACCUGGACGCUGCAGGGGGCCGCCAACGCACUUAGCGGGGAUGUCUGGAACAUCGAUAACAACUUCUGAGGUCCGCGGGGCGGGGGGGGGGGGGGGGGUUGGCAUAUGCCCGGAGCUCCUGCUCUCCCGUUAGAGUGAUUUCUGGGUGAUGCAGGUGCCUAGUACCAACCUGUCGUUGCUGACCGAUCUCUCAUAAGCCCUUCCCGUCUCUGCAAGGGGCCCAGCCAAGAUGCCAGCGCAGACACCCACACCCGGGCUCUGCAGUGUAGGAGUAGGUGAGCGGUGCCUUCCACAAUGGGCCCGCCAGACUGUCAGCCAAUCUGAGAGCACCCGCUUCCUCAUCACACAGCCCCUUCCCCGUCGGGAAAGGGGUCCCCCACACCUAGUGAUGUCUCUGGAAGGUUUCCUUGGUCCUGGGACGUGGCCAGCCCCCUUGGUGGGAGAAGGGCUGGAACCACAGCCUAUAGCCCCAACAGGUGGUCUGUGGCGGGAGGGGCUGGGGUUUGGACCUUAAUAAACCACCUGGUGGCAUCUGUUGUUUAUAAACACCUUUAUGCUUCUUCCUUACCCUCACUCCACCCAGUCAUUCCUCCCUUGAGACGGGCAGAAGGGCCAGAGAAGAUACAAGUAGGAAUGCUGUCUCUCCACAUCUGAGGAGGCUGCAGCCCUGGCUCUCACUCCCAGGGCAACUGCAUAAAUCCUAGGGCUGGGCUUUGGGCUACUCAGUCCUCUUUUGCUCCCAAUAUGGCAUGACAGGUCCUACCCUGGUUCCAGGAUGAAACUCUGCCUCUCCCCCUGCCCCCUCCUUGAGCCCCCUCUGAGCCUGACUGGGUUCUCAGGAGCCUGGACCAGGGUCAGAAACCUCCUCAACUAUUUGCUUCUCUGACAUACUGUUCAGAACAAAUUUCCCAAAGUGGUUUCUCAGCCCUUCACUUUGUCCAUUUGCUCCUUGUAGCACACAGACUAAUGGUCUGGAAAAAGAUGUUCACGUCCUAAUCCCCGAAACCUGUGAGUGAAUGUUACCUUACACAACAAAAAGGACUUUGUGGAUGUGAUUAAAUUGAGGAUCUUGAGAUGGGGAGUGUUUUGAGCUGAAAUAUACCCCCCCCCAAUCCAUAUGUUGAAGCCUGACCCCCAGUACCUCAGUCUGUAUCUGGAGAUCAGGCCUUAAGUUCAGGUGAGGCCAUUAGGGUGAGCCUAAUCCAAUCUGAUUAGUGUCCUUCUAAGAAAAAUUGACACAAGGGAGUCUGGAUGGCUCAGUCAGUUAGAGGCCUGUCUCUUGACCUCAGCCCAGGUCUUGAUCACAGGAUCGUGAGUUCAAGCCCUACGCUGGGCUCCGCACUGGGUGUGGAGCCUACUUAAAAAAUAAAUAAAUAGGGGUGCCUGGGUGGCUCAGUUGUUAAGCGUCUGCCUUCGGCUCAGGUCAUGAUCUCAGGGUCCUGGGAUUGAGCUUCCCGGUGGGAAGCCUGCUUCUCCCUCUCCCACUCUCCCGGCUUGUAUUCUUGCUCUCACUAUGUCUCUGUCAAAUAAAUAAAUAAAAUCUUUAAAAAACAAAAUAAAUAAAUAAAUAAGUAAAUGGGGGCGCCUGGGUGGCUCAGUCAGUUGAGUGUCUGCCUUCAGCUUGAGUUAUGAUCUCCGGGUCCUAGGUUUGAGCCCCACAUCAGGCUCCCUGCUCGGCAGGGGGCCUGCUUCUCUCUCUACCUGCCUCUCCCUGCUUGUGCUCUCUCUCUCAAGUAAAUAAAUAAAAUCUUAAAAAAAAAAAGGACAGGGUGCCUGGGUGGCUCAGUUGGUUAAGCGACUGCCUUUGACUCAGGUCAUGAUCCUGGAGUCCCGGGAUCGAGUCCCACAUCAGGCUCCCUGCUCAGCAGGGAGUCUGCUUCUCCCUCUGACCCUCCUCCCUCUCAUGCUCUCUGUUUCUCAUUCUCUCUGUUUCUCAUUCUCUCUCUCGCAAAUAAAUAAAGUCUUAAAAAAAAAAAUUAAAAAAAAAAAAAAAAGGACACAGAGAGACACCAGGGAUGUGUAUGCAGAGGGGAGUCAAAGAGGCUUUAGGGGAAAUCCAAUCUGUUGACACCUUAAUCUUGAACAUCUAGCUUCUAGAACUGUGAGAAAAUUAAUUUUGGCCAUUUAAGCCUCCCCCGCUUCUGUGCAGCCCUAGCAAACUAAUAGGGAGAUUAUCCUGGACUGGGGGAGGGGGGACAUGUAAUCACUAGGGUCCUUUUAAAAGGAGGCAAGAGGAACAGAGGUGGGUAAUGGAGAUGUGACAGCAGAAGCAGAGAACAGACUGAGUCUUAUCCUGUUGAUUUUUGUCCCCAAUCAACAAACUGCCAGUGUCACUGGCUGCCCCCCUUCCUUUCUUCUCCCUUGCCCUGAAUCUGAAAAAGGGCUGGACACAUACCUUUCGAGGAUCCUAUUCUUUUCCUGUGCCUUAGUUUCUCCUGCCUGGUUAAGUUGAGGUAAUGUCAGGUAAUGCCAUUUCCCCCAGUCUUGGCAGGGGACCUUGGUGUUUCUGAUCCACUGGAGCUGAAGUCUUUUUUUUUUUUUUUUUUUAAAGAUUUUAUUUAUUUAUUUGAGA